AUGACGGUCGGAGUUGAAGACAAUUCAGUUUACUACGACUACUAUGGAGACUACUAUUCGCCUGCUUACGAAGAUCCCCGGGAAGCGUUUGAGAAAUACUGCGAGCCAGAACAUUUCAUUGGCGAGUUGUGCGCUUGCUACAGAAUGCAUGCUUGGGGAAUCGACCCAGAAUAUAAGUACAUGACUUGUUCUGGCGAACAGACCGUUGCAGAUGUAUGUCCCGCGGAGUCCUGCAAUCUGUACGGAUGCGAAGAAGCGAUAAAACGGACGAUACAAGAAGGCGCGAAUUGGGGAAUUUUCGGCUUCACUAUUGCUGCCACUUUCUAUUUUGCUGGGGCUCUUCACCUGUUUUUCGUCGGAAGAACAAAGUAUAAAGAAGACUUUUAG